UCGCUUCGAUCUGAUGGCCACAUCGCAACAGUUGGUUGCCAGCGUUGCCGCAAUCGGUUGCACACUCGAGACUCGAGACGACACUUCUUUCCCCCACACUUCGCGCAGAGACAAAAAGAAUACAGUGCAGUGCAGAAUAAUCGUGAAAUAACUCCAGAAAACCAAACAAAAUGGUGCUCGAUAUCAAGAUGUGCCGCUUCGACAAUGUGCCCUGGGGCUUUCGGCUGGUGGGCGGUGCGGACUACGAUUACCCUUUAACGGUUGUUAAGGUCACCGAGGGGAGUAUUGCCGAUGAGGCUGGAUUACGGGUGGAGGACAUCAUUGUGCGCAUCAAUGACACCGCUGCCAUGCCACUCAGCCAUGAGGAGUCCCACCGCCUAAUAAUGAACAGUGGCAGCGUCUUCUACUUUGGCGUUUACCGCGAGUUCGAGGAGGAUGUGUACGAGUGCCCCAAGCGGUUUCCCACCAGCGAGAGUUCGUUGACCAAGUCCCCCACUCCGACACCGCCGCUGUCGCUGUCUCCGACUCCGUCGCUGCUACGGCUAGCGGAAGCCGCAAAUGCUCGCACUCCGGAACUCCGCUUGGAGCCCGUGGAGAAACGUCGCCAAGCCAUGUCGGAAGUGCAUUCGGAAGACAAUCGCGAGGAUGGAGGAGACGGAGACGGCGACCGAGCACCACCCAACGAUGGGCGGCUGUAUUUGCCCGAAUUACCCGAUCGUCCCUGCUCGGCGCUGUCAGAGCGGGCGGAAAUUAAGCUGGUGGAGGAGGAAAUUGCCGCCGUGCUGUCCGGCGAGACAGAGGUGCUCAAGGAGCACAGUGUCCUGGGCGUCAAUUUCUACAGGCUCUUCCCCAAGCCGGGCGUCUGCAUGGCCAGCGAUGUGCUGCGCUCCCUCAACGAGGAGGUGACCAAGACGAAGCUGGAGAAGGACAAGGAGAACCGCAAGUGGUCCACCUUUCUGCAGCGGCCCGACCGUCCAGUGCCAAAGAGCAAGCAGCAGCUGGAGGCCGAGCGGCGGGCGGCCAAUGCCUACAAGGUGACGAUUGUCAAGUCCGCGCCACGCGGCACCUCUCCCCUGCCGGAAGCUAAGCCGGCGCCAAAGGAAGCGACGCCGCCAGAGCCAGAGCCAGUCAAUGAGGAGGAGCCACCCAAAGAGGAGGAGCCACCCAAAGAGGAGGAAAAGGAAAAGGAGGAGGAGGAGGAGCCACUGCCCACCGACAGCGAAGUGCCGAAUUUGGAACAGUUGCCGGGCAGCGAGGAGGAGCAGCAGGAGAAGGCCGAUGCCCCAAAGGAGGUGUCCGACGGCCUAACCGAAGCGGAAGCACCGCCUGUGGCCAGCGAUGAGUCCACUGAGCCGGGCUCCCCUUCCAUUGCUGUUGCUGCUGCUGCAGCUGAAACUGCAUCCCCAUCUGCCCCUUCCCCUGCCCCAGACCCAGCCCCAGCCCCAGCCACGCCACCCAAAACCGAGGAGGAGCAGGCCCUGGAGCGGCAGCUGGCCGAUGUGCAGAAGCAACUGGCCGCACUCUCCACUUUGCCCUCGACCAUACAGUCCACUCUGGACGCGGUGACCAAGCAGUUGGCCGACCUGCUGCCCACAUUCAAGCUCCAGCAACAGCCGCAGUCCAUGCCACAAAUCGAUGAAGGCCUGGGCGAGGAGGGUGAGGUCGAAGGGGAUGGGAAACUAACCCAGUCCCAGUCGCAGUCGCAGUUCCAGUCCGGAUCCCAAACGGCCUCAGGCGAAAUGGAGGAUGCAGGCAAAGCCAUAUCCAUAUCUGGGGCCGACAAGCCACUGGGGCCAUGUGAAAAUAAUGAGGAUAGAUGCGAUGCCAAUGACCUGGAAGUGGCGGAAAUUUCGCGCUCAACUGACGACAAUCGCCAGGCGGACAAGGCGGACAAGGCGGACAGGGCGGACCAGCAGGUCGCAAAAACUCAGACAAGGAACCAGAAAGAGGAACAGGAGCUUAGCGAGGAGCAGAGCUUCAAGAAGCAGAAGAAACACGAUGUCAUUGAGGAGCUCGAGGAGCACUUGGUGCGCAAAAACAAUCCCAGGCGUUCGAAGCGGGCCUUUGGGCCACUGGUCCCAUCAUCGGAGCGACCACUGGUGCUGCCCGGCGGACGGCGCUGGUAUCGUCCCAAGGAUGCCUACAACGAUGAAUUCAUAGCCGAGACACUGAGCGCCCAGGCGGAACUCAUCACGGGCAGCACUCUCGGGGUCAACUUCAUGAAGUACCAGAAACCGGAGCGCAAAAUCGAUCUGAAUCGCAGCGAGGUGUACAAGUAUCUCAAUCCGCAUCUGGAUCGGGCGCCCGUGCGUGGCAUCGAAGUGCGUGCCCCACUAGUGGCCGCCGAGUCCGACAUACGCCAGUCACUGCAGUCAUAGGCAAUGUCUAUCUAUCUUCCUGAAUGCCCCAGACCCAUACGAUUUAUCUACGCCGCCCUCAGCACAGCCCUUGCCACACUCGAUUAUCGCAUAAGAAGCUCAACUCAAAUAUAACUAUCAAUAUGCUAA